AACAUCAUUAUAGUUUAGUUUUAGCCAAGUAGGGUUUAAAAGAAGAAAUAAGAAACUAUUGUCUGAGCAAAUUAACUUUUAGACGUUGAAGAUGAAGGGGUGUCAAAAGUUCCUGAUGUUGUGGUCUGUUAUAUUUGUUAUAACACUACAGUUUGAUGAUAUCUUGUCAGUAAAACCAGGAUUCCAAGCCAGAAUAACAGAUAAAGGUUUGAAGUAUGCUAGUACUUCAGCUAUUAAUGCCCUAUCUAAAAAACUCAAUGGCCAGAAGAUUCCUGAUCAGAGUGGAAAAUCAGGGGGGGUUUCAUAUACUGUUUCUAGCAUGGUGAUAACAAGUUUUACCAAGCCAGCCAGUAAUAUUGCUGUAGUACCUAGUACAGGUUUAAAAUGGUCUGUCAAUGGAGCUGGUAUUUCUAUGAAGGGUAAUUGGAAAUACCAAUAUAAAAAAGGAUGGUUUAAAGUGUCUGAUCAUGGUCGGUUUGAUGCCUCUGUUAAUGGAAUUACAUUUUCUUUAACUAUGGCUAUAGGUAAAGAUGGAAAUGGCAGACCAAAGAUCUCAGCGUCCGGGUGUAGUUGUGAUGUCAGUAGUGUCCAUAUUAAAUUUCAUGGUGGAGCAUCAUGGAUCUAUAAUAUAUUUUCUGGUGUUAUUGAGCGUAAAUUGAAGGGUAUUUUAAAAUCAAAGAUGUGUUCAGAAGCUGUUGAUGCUGUAAAUACUGAUGGAGAAAAAGAAAUGAAGAAAAUUCCAGUUAAUGUGGAAUUAGCCAAGAAAUUUUUACUGGACUAUAGUUUGAUUUCAUCGCCCUCUUUUUCAAAUUCCUACAUGCAAACAUUCCAUAAGGGUGAGAUAUAUUGGAAAGGAGGUAAAGAAGAUAUACCAUUUCAACCAGCUGAUAUACCAGCUAUUAAAAGCAGCUCUAAGAUGGUAUAUCUAUGGCUAUCUGACUAUAUGGCCAACUCUAUGGGUUAUACAGCAUAUAAAAACAGUUAUUUGAAAUAUAACUUAACAGCUAAAGAUCUACCAGCUGGUAAUAGAUCUAUAUUAAAUACAACAUGUUCUGGACUGUUCUGUAUUGGUAAACUAAUCCCUCAGAUUGGAGAGAAAUAUCCCAAUUGUGUCGUACAAGUAAAUAUGGUUGCCAACAGUGCUCCUAAAAUGGUUAUUUCACCACAAGCUAUACAAGUGGAUGCUUCUGGGGUUCUUGAUCUAUAUGCCAAGAAACAGUCUUCACCAGAUAUCUUUCUUAUAAAACUUAAUAUGACAUUAGGAAUUGAUUUAAAGGCAUCACUUAAAGGAGAGAUUUUAUAUACUGAAGUUUCCAAUCCCAGAUUGAUAAUUGGUGUAUUAAAAUCAGCAGUCGGUGUUGUCAGUGGUCCAGUUAUUCAAUCAUUGAUUAAAUUUGGUGUACAGUUGGUAGUUAUUCCAAAGUUAAACAAUAUUGGUGCUAAAGGACUGAGCCUACCAAUAACCAAAGAAAUCAAGUUCAAGAAUUCAGAACUUAUAUUACAAAAGGAUUCCUUAAUGAUAGCAUCAGAUAUAGCAUACAUUCCUCCUAAAGGUGAUACACCUGUCACAGUUUCAGACCUAACUGAACUACCACAUCUUAACCUGAAACUAGAUCACAUGGGAAAAUGGUAUCAACUGGCCAAUAAAUUGAAGAAACCAAAUACAUUGAACCAUGUGAUGGAACCAUUAUCUCAGCAUAACAGGAAACCAAGUUUUCAAUUUAUUGGAAACAGGUUCAAGAAUAUUAUGAAACCAUUAUUGAAAUAGAAUUGAGAUUUAUGUCUAAUAUUGUUGAUGCCACAUCAAGUGCCUAGAGUGGGGGCUCUUCCUCAUUCAUAUAUACUGAAGUAGCUUUAGCUUUAAGCAGCAAUGGUGAAAUAUUUUGUUCAGUCAGUUUUAUAGUAUACACUUCUGUCUCUAUUUCUCUACCUUGUUGAGAUUAUUGUAUUUCUUCAAUCUGAUUGUUCAAGAUGUAUUUUGGUGAUUUUUCUGCAAGUGUAAUAACCUGCAGAAAUAAAACAAAUCAAAAAUACAGAUAUGCAUAUAAUCAGAUUGAAAACAUGAGAAUAAGUUCUACUUGUCCAACUGCAGUAGGGAUGCAGGCUGAAAUAGUUCAGUUGGGCUGAAGAACGCAUAGCUUGAAACUCUGAGUAACAACAUGUCUCAUAUUUUGUUUCAAUAUUUCAUUUGUAAUUCUGCUUAUUAUCUGCAGGCUUCCAUUAUGUGAUUCUUUUGUAUGGUUUUUUUUAACAAGAAAUAUACUAUACUAAAAAUACUACACUGGUAUUAUAGAAUAGUCGUGUAUAUUAAGUACAGGUAGACUGGCAUUUAAAUUAGUCAAACAGAAGCCUUAAAGGACUUUUUCCACACAUUUUUGUUUUUAUGGCUUUUGAAAUUGCUGCAAAUUUUAGAAAAAAAAACUCACAUCCAAGAUACAUUCCUAUUAUUGUAAGAUUAUAGUUUGAAGGAUUUAUUAGCUAAAUUGGUUAUUUUCAGCUUUAUUAUAUAAUCUCAAAUACUCAAUAUUCUUUUAUAUUUGGUAUAUUAACUGCUUUUUGCAGACUUUCUUCUUACUAUGUUUUUUAAUACUUAUGAAACUACUUAAAUUAUAAAAUAUCUUUCACAAUGUCUAAUAAAUAAUAGAAGUUUAUGAUAUUAUAUUAAUAAUGUUAAGAGUGAAGAAGUUCCUAAAAACUUAUAUGUAAAGCACUGGCCAAGGUCACAAAUAAAGAGAUAAAUGUUCAAUAUUAAAUUGACUGUGAGGGCCAGAGUUCAACAUAAAAUAACUACACGUCAAUAUCUCUCUCUCCUGUCAUUUUCCUUCAGCAACAGACAAUAUUAUAGACAUAUUAUCCACAUGUUAUUACCAUCGCUAAAGGAACAUGCUCACCCGUAGAACACGAGUGUUUUCAUUUUUAUCGUAACAAUAGUUGCUAAUGUUACUCAAAUAGAGAAAUUUGGCUUGAUGAGGCUUGAUGAAUAUUUCAUGAAAUCCAAUAGCCUACAGCUACCUUUGACGCAGAUUUUAAAAAAAUUGUAUCACCACUACUUUUGAUUUAAUCUCUUCAUUCAAGAUAAGUUUUCAAAUUAGAACCUAGAUAUCAGCUCUCACAGUCACUUUAAGUUGUUUAUAUUUAUGAUUUUGGGUUGAUUGUUACUUUGUUUUCCAUAUAUCUACUAAGUAACUAAUUAAAUGUCCUCUGUGUGAAGCAGACCUACCCCAAUUUAUGUCCAAAAUGUUACUAUCCUUUAUGAAAAGUAAAUUUGAUUGUCUUUAACCUUGCAAAAAUUAGAGGCUAUUGUUUAAUUUUUGGAUACCAAAAUCUCUACUUUGUAGCCUCGGUUUUCGGCUUCAAUUCAACUGUAUUAAUAGAGGAAGGUAUAUAGUGGAAUAUUAUUUUGAAAUUUAAUUAUUUGAUAUAAAUAUUUUUGGUACAAGUUAACAAUAAAAUAUAUUUUGUAAUACA